CCUGCGUCCAGAGACAUCUACACUUCCUCGAACGUUUUGUCUGUGACUUUCCGAUUCCGUUGUCAAGGCUUAUGGAUGCCAGUAAUACGUCCUAAGAAUGCCAUUCUCGCGCUCGCUCACGGCCAAGCACCGGACCCCUCCGUCCCUGCCUCGCAGUAACAGCUGAUCCUGAAAACGAGUCGUCACCAUGCCGUUCCCCCCAAAGCUCACGCCGCUUCAGUCAAGAUUCGUUGCCUCGCUAGCAGCGUCAAUCGCUCUACUUGCAAUCUAUCUUUUCCUCACGCAACCGCGCUUCGCAUAUGCUGUGGAACUUGACUCUCGAAUACCGCGCGAUGGCCACGAGCACUACCCGAUAAAUGAGGAGGAUGAGGAUGAGGGUCAGACUGAUGGAGUCCAUGGACAGGAUAAGAUUGAACUCUCCGCCCGAGCAGAGGCCGGGGUGUCGGCAUUGGCCAACAACGCCCCUCAGAAUAUGAACAUCGACAUCGGCGAGACGCAAUAUUGGGUCUUUCCUGCAACCGCCAUCGCUGGUCCUCGUGGGACCGUUGGCUCUGGGUUGCCGUCGAGGAAGUUGAAAGCGAGAGACGCGGAUGUUGAACAACACGAAUUGACAAAGAGGCAAAAUACAACAAAUGUCUAUAUCACAAUCAAUACGUGUUUGCAGCCGGCCUCAAACACCACCAGCAACGAUACAAGCAACUCAAUACCUCCACAGUUGCAGAUGUACGUUUCUACGUCUCCUUCGAUUCAGAAGCCCGGGCCUGGAACCGGAGACACAAUUGAUGUGGAUGGCGGAUACGCUAUUUUCACCACGUUUGGUGACAGUGAUGUAUAUGUUGGGAUAUCUGGACCUAACACCACGGAGUUUUCUGGCAUCUGGAACUAUGAGAUAGCGGCAUCAAUCGACGCACCAUACCAUUGGUGCAUGAGAAAUGCGACCAAUCUUCACUUCGUUGACAGCGAUAACCAUGCGGCAUUGCUGAUCACGGACGACACAACCCAGGCCCAGCCGGAUGAGACAGUAUAUCAAGAAUGGAUGGAUCUGAGCCCACCUUGGGGAGUCUUUGCUGCCAACCAGAACGACACAGCCAUUCUUGGAGUCAAGAACUCGUUUUGCGGCCUGAAAAACGCGGCCAAAAUAGCGGCCAACGUCCCCGGUUUCGAGAGCCAGAAUGUCGCCAAAAUGACCAACCGAGGACUUGGAGGCAAACCAAAAGAACAAUUCUACGUCACGGGCUUGAACGCCACUUCAAAAUACUGGGGCUUUCUUGUCAUGAACGGCAAUUCCACCGCAUCCGGGAAUGGCAUUGUAGGAGGCGGCGGCACGGUUUGGCAAGCCAUCACCUUCGAGACAAAAACAGAGGACAAUUGCGCGCUGAUGUACAACCUUUCAUUUUGUUCGGAAGUGGCCUACGCGGUGCCCACCAAUCCCCAAAAGUUCCCUCCCACGACCGGCCUGCCGGAAUUGGCGGCGCUGUACGACUCGUACGCCUCACAGAUGUACCAAUACUUCAACUACUCUCUGCAGCAGAUCCCCUGCAACACCACUUCUAGCGCGCAAUACUCGUUGGCGCGCAACUGCGACGACUGCGCCCGAGCGUAUAAACAGUGGCUCUGCGCCGUCAGCAUUCCUCGGUGCGCGGAUUAUUCAAAUAACCAAGAUCCGUGGCUGAAACCGCGAAACGUCGGUCAGCCUUUUGUCAACGGCUCCAGUAUUUCUCUGUCCUCUGGUUCAAACGUCGACCAGGUCCUGCUCAAUUCCGUGGCGACCAAUUCCUCGCGUAACCCCAUCAUCGACGAGUCUAUCCGCCCAGGACCAUACAAGGAAGUCCUGCCGUGCAAGGAUCUAUGUUACGAUCUGGUCCAGAGCUGUCCUGCAAAGUUGGGCUUCGCCUGUCCUCUUGAGGGGGCCGGGCUCGAAGACAGCUACGGCAGCCGUAGCCUCGAUUCCGGUGUCAUCAGUUGCAGUUACCUGGGUGCCGCGUAUUAUUUGAGCGGGACCGACAGGAUCGUGCCGGUUGCAAUCGGAAAAGCUGUCAUGAUAGCGUUUGUGUUUGUGCUGUGGAAUCUGGUGUGAAAAAUGGAUACUAGUAGACGGCUGUAGAACGUCAUUGAGGCGUUUUGAGACACAUGUGCGAAAAGAACAACUUCCGGGCGUGCAUUUUCUGUUUGCAUUGUGGGUCUCAGCAAGCGAGCUACUCUAGUUGUUGCAUAUGUACCUCAGGCGUUUGGGCAAAAGGGAUGGAAUGGAAAUGAGGACAAGGGAACGAUAUGAUAUGGCCAUGGCCAUGGCCAUUGUUGUGGUCGCGGGCAUGAAAAGGGGACUAAACGGGAAAUAUUCAGCCUCAGUUCUGUGGGCGCUUGUGUCAUGGAUUUGUAGUAGUGAUGGGCUGUAAUACUACACUGCAUGCCUCGAUGAACGGAUACCUGGGUGCUCUGUGAUGUUGAUGAUAUUAUACCAAUUAUAAUUAAACGGUAGCUGUGUCUAUUUUACUCGGCAUGUAGCAGUAGUAGUAAGUAGAUGCUGUAGCUUCGGGGGCCGAACCAGCCAUGAAAGGCUGAAUGGACGGCCUUCAUUCAGCAUCGAGCAUCGAGCAUCGAGCCUGAAAGGGCCACGGCGACCAGAACAAGUAGCUACCUUAGGUAGACAAGGCAGUUGAGUGCCUCAGCGUGGGCCGCCGCGAUAUCAUAUAAUCGUUUAUUUGAAUGAAUGAAUGGACAAUGGAUAGAACCGAA